AUGCCUUGGACCGAGAUCCCACUCAACGAUGGCACCGGACGUACCAUUCCAAGUCUUGCCUUCGGGACAUGGAAAAUGGGCAACGGAGACGCGCCAAUUACACAGGUCGACCAGGCUCUUGGUGUUGGCUUUGACCAUGUCGACACCGCUCAGGCCUACCGCAAUGAAUACGAGGCGGGAAUAGCCAUUCGCGAAAGUGGCUUGUCGCGCGAGAACGUCUUCGUAACGACGAAGUACUCAGGUGUUGACGGUAAAGGAAUUGAGCAGAGUCUCAAGGAGAGUUUGGCGAAUCUGGGGCUUUCAUAUGUGGACUUGUACCUCAUCCAUCACCCGCGGCUCGCCGUCCCAGAUAUUCCGACCGCCUGGAAGGAGAUGGAGGAGCUUCAAGCCCAGGGCUUCAUCAAGAGCAUCGGCGUUUCCAACUUCAAUGUUGCGGACCUCGUCGUGCUUCUCGCCUCCGCAAAGGUCAAACCCGCGGCCAACCAGAUUCUUCUCCACCCCUACGUCUACGCGCAACAGAAGCCCAUUCUCGACUUUGCAAAGAAGCACGGCAUCGUUAUCGAGGCGUAUAGCGCGCUGAUCCCGAUAACCUCUCGGCCCGGCGGACCCGUAGACAAGCCCGUUAAAGCAAUCGGGUCACGUCUCGGAGUCUCGGACGACCAAGUCUUGCUGGCGUGGACAAAAGCGAAAGGCGCUGUGGUCGUCACGACAAGCUCGAAGAAGGAGCGCUUGCUGGGGUACCUGAACGCGGGAGAUAUCGAACUCACGGAGGACGACAUAUCUGCCAUCGACGAAGCUGGAGCCCGUGGGUACUCUCCGUUCCCUGCUAUAACCGUGCCGUCGUUCGGAUCCAAACAGGAAGAAGAGCGUGUCACGUACGAAGCAACUGUUCCGGUCAACGCCAGAUCUCGGGUGCACAAGGCACUUGUUUGGAUUGUGGCCUGUGCGCUAGUCCUUUAUCUGGGUUACUCCGCACUAAACGCACAACGCCGCCCGCACGCAUGGCAGCCGGUAGCUGGAAUGAGUGGGAAGGCCAAGGGUGGGUGUCAGUUGGCACGGGACCGCGAUACGUAG